AGCGGAUGUAGUUUUUUACAACAUGGCCGAGUAUGGAAAUGAUUAUGGGGAUCGAUACAGCGGCGGUGGCGGCGGCGGUGGAUACGGAGGACGUAGAGGAGGGAGGAACCAAGAGAAGAAACCACUACCCACAGAACCACCCUUCACUUGUUACGUAGGAAACUUACCUCAAGGACUUGUCCAGGGCGACUUAGAAAUCAUAUUCAAACACUUGCGGGUUCGUAGUGUACGUCUAGUCAGAGAUAAAGAAACAGAUAAAUUUAAAGGAUUUUCUUAUGUGGAAUUUGAAGACAUUGACUCUUUAAAGGAAGCCCUCACAUAUGAUGGAGCAUUAUUUGAAGAUAAAAAUAUUCGUGUUGAUGUAGCAGAGGGUAGAAAUAAAGACAAAGGCCAAGGAUUCCAAGGCAACCGAGGAAGAGAUAGGGGUGGAUUCCGAGGUCGCGGGGGCCGUGGUGGUCGAGGUGGCUACCAGGACCGAGGCGGUGACAACUGGGGCGGUGACCGGGGGUAUUCAGACCGCGGGGGCUAUAACAGGGGAGGCUAUCGGGGGGACUACGGUGGUGGCCGGGGCCGCCAUGACGGAUUUGGGGGUAGGAAUCAGGAUGGUUUUGGUGGUGGAAGAAACCAUGAUGGUUUCAGUGGUCGCUCCAGGCAAAGACAGAAUAGUGGACCCUCAGAAGAACUAAGGGAACCCUCACCUGAGAGUGCGGCACAGCGCCCUAAAUUAAAACUUUUACCACGUAGUAAAGAGCCUGCUAAUGCAGCAGCAGCACCUGGGACUAGAAAUGCCAGUAUAUUUGGCACGGGGAAACCCCGGGAUGCAACAAACGAUGCUGAUGUUCCCACUGAUCGCAGUCGUACGACUAGUGAAAACAGCAACCAUUAGCUAUAAACAGAAAUCAUUAACCAAUUGUUUGUAAAUAUUGUAAAUUUCUCGUGUACAGAAUCACUUGAUACAUGUAAUUUUUGAGAAAAUUCUUAAAACACUUCUCACAUGAUAUAAAUUCUGAUGUAUGCCUUGCUAUUUCUACAGACUUGAAAUAGUUUGAAGACAGAUUUAUUCCCAUUUCCUGUACUACUUUCUUAAUCAACAUAAAAUUUCCCCUGUGUAAAAAUAGCUCUUUAUGUCAAAAAUCUGAACCUCUGCUUGUAGUUGAACUCUGCUGUUAGCAGUUGGAUUGUGUUUGUUGUUGACUAUGUACACUGUAUUUGAUAAUGGAUGAAUUAUUUCAGUUAUUGUGGCUGUAAACCUGACAUGACAGGUUUUACUUGGGAUGAAGUAUCCUCACCUCGCUUUUAUCUCACAAUUUACAUUGGUUUUGUGAAAGGAUUGUGUAGUAUUUUGUUGCAAGGGGAAUAACUUGUUUCAAGCAAUGACUAAAUUCGCUCUUUUUUUUUUUGAUAAUUAUUACUUAGAAUUAAUUUUUUUUUUAUUGAGCAGAGAUGUGCCCUGCUUCAAUGUACAGUUUGAUAUUCCUUUAAUGAUAUUCUCAUUAUGCCACAGAAUAUUUAUAGUACACAAUGAAAAUAACUCUGUCCUGUUGUUCUCUCAUCAUUCUAACAGUCCAAGCUAUAGUUGUCUUGGAACAAGAUACUCCUCCCCAAUACAUAAUACUGACUUUGAAUCUUUUUGGUACAUUUUUUCCUAAAUUUUUUUUUUCCUUUAGUGUUGGAGUGCAUAGGAGUAUCCUGUUUCCAUGAACAUAUAAGAUCAGUGAUUUUACUAUUGCUGAGAGUUCAACAACGGGUUGGAGAAUUUUUUGCCCUGAUAGUUAAUUUCUUGUACAUGGAUGUCCAUUAAAAUUGAACUCCUUUUGUUUUCAUGAAUUUUGGUGUGUGUGUGUGUGUGUGUGUGUGUUUGACAUAUUUGCAUCCCAUAAUUACAAGUAUCCAUUAGUGUUAAGAUAUCAUUAAAUAUGAAAGAUUUUGAGCAAUAUUACUUACGGUAACAAUUAACAGACAUAUGAAAACAUAAAUUUUUCAAUACAUACCUGUCUUUUCAAUCCUUUUUUGUUGCAAAAGGUUGUAAGAAAAGAGGAUAGAAUUCUAAGCUGAUUUAUUUAUUAUUUGUUUAUUUUUACGGAGCAACUGUCUUGUGGAAUGUAUCUGUGCAUUUUGUAGUUGACGUAUAUUGUAGCUAUUGGCUUCUUUUUGGAACUGUUUUCACUUUUUUUUCUGCCUUUAAAUAUACCUGAACUUGUUUGCUUAAUUAUUUCUUUUUGUCAAUUCAUCGAAAACAUUUUUAAUGAUCUAUACCAGUGGAGAGGAUGUACCUACCCGUAAUGCAUUGAUGCAUGUUAUCUCAACCCCCCCCCCUUUUUUUUUGAAAAAGAAAAAAUUUCACUUAAAAAAAAAACAAACCUUUGUAUUGAAUAAGCAACAUUGAUUAUGCGUAACAUUGCAUAUAUUAUUAUGAGUACAGUUUAGAUAAAAAUUUUCUUAAUAUUGUGUAUUAUGAAAAUUGGUCAUUUAAAGCAUAUUUUCUUUUGAAUAACAUGUCUUUUAAAUCAACACAGAGGAAAUAUUCCAAAGCAGUUUUAAAUUGCAGUGUUUUGUUAUUGAUUCAUAAGCAUAUUUUGAUAUUGAAUUAAUUGAAAUAAACACUAAUCUUGAUGAUACAUAUUUCAAUAUGUAAAUAAUUCUAGUUUUAUCAAUUUAAUUAUGAUAAAAAAAAUUGAUGAAUUUUUUUUCUAUAUGUCCAAAAAUUGUGUGUAUAAUGACAGUAAAAUGGGGAAACUUGUUUUUACUUGUGAGAUAUGGCAUACAUGGUGCUCAUUUGUGUGUGCUUAUGUACAUAUCUCUCGUCCAUUAUAGUGUCUGUGAAUAUAUAUACCCGUACUAUACCAUUGUGAUGUCAUGCAUUGGUGUUACAAUUUUUUUUUUGUACAUUGAAAUUUAAACCAUGAUGUACAUGAAGCAGAAAUAAAAUAUUGAAAGAAA